UUUAAACUUCCCCUUUCUCCUCUCCUCUUUUUGCUAAACCACUUCCCCCUUCAAACUCUUAUACUCUUCAAAACAAAAGCUCUACAAACUUUCUCAGAGUUUAAUGAAGAGACCCUUAACUACUUGUACGUCUUCUUCUACAUCAUCUUCUACUUCUUCCUCGUGUAUCCUUCCGAACCAACCAGAGACUCAAAGGCCUAAACGAGCAAAAAGGGCUAAGAAAUCAUUUCCUCCUUGUGAUGUAAAACCACAGAAUCCGACCAGUCCGGCCUCUUCCCGACGCAGCUCUAUCUACAGAGGAGUCACUAGACAUAGAUGGACUGGGAGAUUUGAGGCUCAUCUAUGGGAUAAAAGCUCAUGGAAUUCAAUUCAGAACAAGAAAGGCAAACAAGUUUAUCUGGGAGCAUAUGACAGCGAGGAAGCAGCUGCACAUACGUACGAUCUAGCUGCUCUCAAGUACUGGGGUCCCGACACCAUUUUGAAUUUUCCGGUUGAGACGUACACGAAGGAGUUGGAUGAAAUGCAGAGAGGCACAAAGGAAGAGUAUUUGGCUUCUCUCCGCCGCCAGAGCAGUGGUUUCUCCAGAGGCGUCUCUAAAUAUCGUGGCGUCGCCAGGCAUCACCAUAAUGGAAGAUGGGAGGCUCGGAUUGGAAGAGUUUUCGGAAACAAGUAUUUGUACCUCGGCACCUAUAAUACGCAGGAGGAAGCUGCAGAAGCAUAUGAUAUGGCUGCGAUUGAGUAUAGAGGUGCUAACGCAGUUACCAAUUUCGACAUUAGUAAUUACAUGGACCGGUUAAAGAAGAAAGGCGUCGUCCCUUUCCGUGUGGACCAAGCUAACCAUCAAGAAGCUGUUCUUGCUGAAGCCAAACAAGAAGUCGAAGCGAAAGAAGAGCCUUCAGAAGAAGUGAAAGAGCACGUGCAAGAAGUGGAAGUUGGAUAUAAUGAAGAGGCUGCAGUGGCGGUCACUAAUGGCAUAGAUGCUUCAGGCAUUAUGGAGAUGGAACGUUCUUCAGACAGCAAUGAACUGGCUUGGAACUUCUGUAUGAUGGAUUCAGGGUUUGCUCCGUUUUUGACAGAUCAAAACCUCUCGAAUGAGAAUCCCAUUGAGUAUCCUGAGCUUUUCAACGAAAUGGGGUUUGAGGAUAACAUAGACUUCAUGUUUGAGGAAGCUAAGAACGAAUGCUUGAACUUAGAGAAUCUGGAUUGUUGUGAUGUUGUUGUGGUGGGAAGAGAUAGCCCAAGUUCAUUGUCGUCGUCUCCGUUGUCCUGCUUCUCAACUGACUCUGCUUCAUCAACAACAAUAACAACAACAGCCUCUGUUUCUUGUAACUAUUCUGUCUGAGGGAGAGCUUUGCAUUAUAGGUUGAGUUUUCUAUUUCUUUUUCUUCUUCUUCUUCUCCUUGUUGAGUUUGGUUAGGGUUUGUAUUUCAUUUCAGGGCUUACUCGUUGGUUCUGAGCAAUCAAUGUCUUGGCCUCUUUUUCUCCUCUUCUUUUCUUUAUGUUUUUAAGUUUAGAUGAUGCAUAUAUUUAUUAUAUGAACCCAUAAAACGGAAACAGAGGUAAAAGUGCUCACAGAUUGCAUAGCCAAGCCACAAAAUGGUAUCAU